AUGUCGCAAAGUCAACGUCCUGUCAUCGUCCUAGGCUCCGCAAAUGUCGGCGACUCCAAGGUCGACAAACUGGUUAAAUAUGAUACGCCUGACGAGGUGAAGGCCUUUCUCGACACCUUCUAUGAGCAUGGCGGCCGCCACCUUGACACGUCCCGCAACUACUCGCCCAGUGCGCAGGGCUCGUCGGAACCCCGUCUCGGAGCCGCAGGCGCCGGGUCGAGGUUUAAUAUCGACACCAAAAUCCUUGGCGUCCCUGGUGACGGGCCCUUUCACACCGCCCAGCAAGUCAAGUCAAGCAUUGACGCGUCUGUCGCGGACUUGAAGCUCCCGGACGGCGUCAAGAUCGACAUCAUGUAUCUCCAUAUGCCUGAUCGUGACACCUCUUUUGAGGAAACGAUUGAGGCCAUGAAUCAGGCCUAUCAGGAAGGCAAGUUCAAGCGGUUCGGGAUCUCAAACUACACCGCCGACGAGGUCGAACAAAUCGUGGCCAUUUGCAAGGAGAAAGGCUACGUCGCCCCGGCCGUCUACCAGGGGCAAUACAACCCCCUCGUGAGGAGUGGGGAGGACACUCUGUUCCCAGUGCUGAGGAAGCACGGCAUCGCGUUCUACGCAUAUAGCCCCGCCGCGGCAGGUGUCUUCGUGGGGAACCAGAAGACUGCCCAGUCCGGAAGUCGGUUCGACUCUUCGCACCAAGUGGGCAAGCUCUAUGUAGCCAACUACUCCAAGCCCAAGAUCGCAAUUGCUGCGGACAACGCGACGCAAGUGGCAGCCAAGCACGGCAUCAAUGGCCACGCGGCUGCUCUCAGGUGGACCACGUACCAUGGCGUGCUGGACCGUGCAAAGGGUGACGCGGUAAUCAUCGGCGCGUCCAGCACAGCCCAGCUGGCUACGAAUCUGGACAUCAUUGACCAGGGCCCGCUGCCGCAGGAGGUGGUGGAGGUCCUCGACGGUGUCUACGGCCAGCUUGGGGACGAAGUGAUCAAUUAUCAUCUCUGA